AUGUUCAAAAAAAUUUUUAGACCGCCGUCUUCUACCUCUAAGAAAGUGGACCAAGGCGAACAAGGGUCACCCCUUUCGGCCGACAUUGAGCAAGUCCCUCCUGAGCAGAAACCAUUGUCGACAGACAUGGCAGCCUCCUCGGAAAAGGAACCUCCACAGCCACAUAAUCUCUCUCAGUUCUCUAGCGUUGAAGCCUUCGACAUCAGCAUCGAAGAUUUUGACCCUUACUCUGAGCCUCAGAAGAUGCGUCGCUCCAAGAGCUUCUCUUAUCAGCCUGCCUCUAAGGAGGAGCUUGGAUUCAAAUUGCCUAGGAGCAAGUCGGUGCACUUUGCUGAGCUUGCUAGACCUUCGACUGUCAGAGGACCUUCUGCAGAUGAAGCGUCACUGAAGUACUCUUCAAGUGUCGACGAAGACAAGGGGAAGCCCGCUAUUCCCCAGACUCUUUUGGGCAUUCUUCUGACCGGAGCUUCCAAGCUGAUCUUCAAUAAGAAAAGUACUGUUGUGGACUUAGAGACAGAAGGGGAAAAAGAUGCCGAGGGGUCAUUUGAAAAGGUUGUUUCAAAGAAAUGCCCGACUAGCCCAGUGAUCGUUGACGAGGUUGCCCUUCAGAAAAUUGGCACUCAGUCAGACAAAAUACCAGAAAACAAGGAUCAUGAUCAUAGCGAAGAUGUAUAUAACAAACUUUCUACAGUUUAUCUGAAGUACUUUUCAAGUUUGAAGUUGGAUGCUGUCGACCUUGAUGGGCUUGUUGCUAGCAUUGACUCGGGAAUCGAGAAUGCUGUCCAGGAGACACGCUUCUGCAAGGACCUCCUUCGGGCCGCCGAGCAUAAAGCCAAAGAUGCUGAAGAGGAGGCUACUGGUUGGAGGAAUUUGUUUGAAGAACGAGACAAACAACUUGAAGAUCUCGACAAGCGGUCCAAAGAAGACUUCGCCAACCUCAAGAGGCUUCACGAAGAAAAGGUGAGAGAGGUAACAACUCAAAACUCCCUUGUCGAUGACCUGACUCACCAGCUUAAAGCUAUCGACAAAGAUAGUGCUGAUAACAUCAAGGAUCUCAACAAUAGGAUUCAUGUUCUUGCGAAUGAUAGAGAUAGCUAUGAAGCCAAGAUGAGAAAGAUGACGCAAGAGAGAGAUGCCCUUAAAAGAGAGUUAGAAGAGAUUGAAGGUAAGCUAAGGGAAAACAUGAAGAUGAAGAACCUGGAAAUAAGCAGGUUGAGAAGUAGCAACGAAGCUUUGAAAUCGGGAAAAGAGCUUGCGGAUAUCUCUUCCAAGGUAACUCAUGAGCUUGAGUUGCAAUUGCAAGAGUGUACCAAUACAAUAGAGAGAUUAGAAGUCUCCAACGAAGAGUUAAAUAGGGCGGUGGACAUUAAGAAUUUUAGAAUUGAGGAAUUGUUGGCAUCGAGGGGCAAGUUGGAGGACUUAGUCUCAGUUCAGGAGGAGAAAUUGAAAAACUCGAUGUGUGAAAUGGCUCGCUUCGGAGACUUACUUGAGAAUUGUCAGGACGAUGCUUUACAAAUGAGAUCAAAGAACGAGCGGUUGCAGUCGGAGAAGGAGGAUAUGCUCCGGACCAUGGAAUCGUUGGACAGCCGUAUUAGCGAAAACUCUAAGGAGCUCCUAUUGGCAAGAGUCCAAGGUGAAGAUGCCUCAAAGCAACUCCAAAGCGUCACUCUCAAAGCUAAUGACAAAUACGCCGAGUACCGUAACGAGGUGGAGAGAUUGACAGGAGAAAACAAGAAGCUCGAGGAUGAGCUCACAAAGAAAAUUUCGUUGAAUCAUGACCUCAAUGCCGAUAUCAAGAGGCGUAAAAAGCACUUUACAGUGUGCCUUGAUUGCCUCAAGAAAGUCAGUUGGUCUAACGACUUCGCAGUGGAGGCCUUGAGGAAGUUACUCAAGAACACUUACGAAACCUUGGCACCUGCCUUUCCCCACGGCUCAAUCUCAGAAUUUGCCCAAAACUACUAUGAAGUCUUCAGAAUCAAUAGUUUUACUCCCCGCAAUCUGCUGGUCAUUGCAAACCUUUCUACCUCCAUCGUCGAAGUAAUGAGGCAGGUUGUUUCUACCCACAUCGAUGUGAGACAAGCGUUAGAGGAGGAGAGGCUGAUUCGGAAAGGGUACCAGAAAGAUGCAUUGUCUGUCAUUUCCAAAAUCACAAAAUACUACACCACACAGGGGGACGUCUCUCUUGUCUCAAGAGCAAAAAGCACUGCUAAGUUAGUUCCGAAAAGUAUCGACCAGACUUUCUGUCUUGAGGACAUCAUUCGGUCCAAGAAAGCCAAGGAAGGUACAGGUGACCUUUCUAGGUGA